GUUCAUGUUCUUCCGACGAAGCUUGACCAAACAUGGCCAGGCCUGCGCGCCCCAGCACGAGGCGGCCGACAUGGGCCAUGGGCCAUGGGCCAUGGGCAGGGCAGCGCAGGGCAGGGUGCUCCUCGACGUCGGCGCUGAAUUCUAUAUUUGCACCUGUCUGGUGUGCGUGUACCGUGUUUCCUCGCCAUCUGCCUGCGCUCGGGGCACUCCUCCCUCCAAGUCGGCUAGGGCUGCUCUUGGCAGGUAUCAAGUGUGCUUGACCCACCCAGCCGACAGCGUGGGUCUCCGUCGUCUGAAAAGCCGGCCGUGCCUGGGCCCUUUCUUGGCUACUACAGCCAAGGAGAAUCACCUCGACGCCCUCAAACGCGACCCAGUUCGCCGCUGGCUGAUCAGGCACUACCCCUCCCACUCGCCUUCUCACACGCACUUGUCCCUCCCUCUAUUAUUGGAUAGCUGUGGCUAGUGUCACCUGCGUUUCAACCUCCCAGUGCAUCGUAGUCCUUCUCUUGGCGGCUCACUGACCAAUCACAGCCCUCGUCCCGACCGACAGCAUGCUUCGUCCGCUUCGUUGCCCAAGCGUGCUCACGAGGCGGACAAGCAUGCCUCCUCCGGACAAGCAUCAUCCCCAUGUCCGGGGACUACACCAUCCAGGCUCCACAAUCCCCGGCAUGGGAAGCCUCUGGGCUCUUGGCAGCUUCAUGUCCUCGAGGCUUGUUAGGGCAGGGUCCAGGCGGGUGAUCGGGUGGGUGUGGCUGCAUGCUCACGACUCAUAGAGACUAUAUAUCGACUCGUCUCCCAACAACCCAAACUCUGCCUGACCAUUUCUCUUCCUUAGCUGCGCUCGAUCCAACUUUUUACGUAUAAUCUCUUCUUGGCUCCUUGCCACUCAGCCGCUGGUCGCCGUCGCUUGUCGUUCAUUCAGAUAUAUCUUGAUUACAUAUACAAACGGAUCAAAUCCCCGUCUCUCAUCUCACCACUCUCGAAAACACCAUUCCAGCCCGAGACACCACUUCUUCAGUCACGAUGGUUGCAUACCGCAUUCUGUUCUUGGCUGGCGCCGCAGCCGCCCUGCCCCUGAACAUCAACCUCGGAGCCUACUCCCCGGCACUGGUAGUUGGUGAUGGUGAAAUUAGCUUCGGAGGUAAUCAAGAUGUGUCCGGCCUGAUGAACGUCCUUGAGGGCGCCGCGCAGAACGCAGCAAAUGGAAGAGCGGCUAAUGGUGCCGCUCAAGGUGCCGCUGAAGGCCAGGCUCAAGCUCCUGCUGCCCCACCCGCACAAGCACAGGCUCCGGCCGCUCAGCCGCCCGCUGUCCCGGCCAAUGCCGCCGCCGCCUCCUCUGUGGAUCCUAACCUACAGCAGCAGGCUCAGCAAAUUGCCGCGCUCCAGGGUAUGGGCAAGGAGAUCGCCCCACGCGAGGAAGGGGAGACAUCGAACCUCGCCAAGCGUCAGACCGGCUUCGACCGCGCCUUGCAGUACGCCGAGGCUGCCCUUGUCAAGGGCCCCAAGGUGCAGCUCGGAACCGGCGAGGGUGGUGCUGGCGUCGGUAUUAUCGUCGACAACAACCCCCAGGCCGCGGCGCGUCCCGGAACUGGAAACGCCGAGGGCGCUGCCGUCGCUGCCCCCGCUGCCCCCGCCGAGGGCGCCGUCCAGGCCGGGCUCAAGAGGCGGGAUCUGGGUCUCAGCCAGAAGGUCAAGGUCACCACAAUGCGCAACUUCAUAAUCGACGUCGACUAAUUUUCGUGUGCCAUUCAAAGCCCUUCAGAACGGCGGUAACAAGAUGAGCGUCCGCGAUGUCCCGAUCGAGCCACGCAUCCAGACCCUCCAGAUUGCCCCCAACAAGAGGGACGCAAACCCCAGCCCCAACGCCAUCGACGCGCUCAACCUGAACGUUGAUGGUGAACAAGGCAUCACGAUGACCUUUGUCGAGACUGUCGAGGAUGCCGAUGAGGAUGAGGUGUGAUCGAACAGAUUUCCCGUCACCUCUUGCCGCCUGAAAUUCACGCCAUCAUAUUACAUCAGCGACUCAUUGUUUACGACCUACCUCCAAUCUAUCUCUUGUUUAAAAGACGACCGAACUGUGAAUAUGGUGGGAUUUGCCUACGAUGUUUACAUGUAGGACAUAAUUUGUACCUCAGAACCUGCGUUAUAUAUACCUUUCUCCUAUUUUGUGUGGUGAGCGGCGUUUGACGGACUGGUGUGAAGCUGGACAGAGACAUAGAUCGUCAAAGCAGCGCCUUGAUCAGGGCACAUGGCUUGACGUGGAACCAGGCAAUACUACGACCGGAUGAAAAAAUUCAAUAACCCAUAUGACCCUGGCUACCAAGUGAAGCAGAAAAGAGCUCCCGAUGACCGAAACUCUCCAGACAUUGGUCCGUCCCAUCACGCCUGGCGCAGCACCCGUUGUAACCUGGAGUUUUUCGAUGUGCGGAUUGUUCGCUCUCGUUAGUCCGAACGAUGCGCAGCAGUAAGUCCGAGUCAGGAAAGAUCGAUCGUUGUGCAAGUGCGAGUGUUCC